GAAGCAUGAUCAUAGACUAAAGUUACCAAAGGUAGUUUUUGAUUGAAGGCGUUUAUCCAUCUAAUAUUAAAGCUGUUAAGAAAUUAAUUAUUUAUUUUUAAUCUAUUAAAACAUUAAUUCAACACCGGAAUUGUGAUCAUCAUCCAAUAAAAAUGUUUGAAGACAUACCGGAAUUGUCCAAUAACGUGGAGCUUAUUAACAAUUUGGAUUCAGCUAAAUUCAGGCCUCUGAUGACACGAAUAUUUGAAAGACUGACAUUUGAUGAUGAUAAAAUAUUCAACCAGGAGGAAGAGGAGAAACUGAUGAAAGUGUUCAAUAUUCCAAAUCAAGAUGUUUUGGGCGAUUUGAUUGACUGUUUGGUUUCAAUAUCAAGAAAAGUAGUCUACAAUUUAUCUAAACCUAAAUCAGUGUUACCACAAUUAAUGAAUAUUGGUAUGGCUGAGGAGAAAGCUGUCACAUUUGCCCAAGCCUGGGCCAAUUGCUCAGCUGACAAAGUGAAUCAGCUCAAACAGGAAACCUUUGGGUUAUCUUCAAGUCUUCUUACUGAUGUUAAUUGGAAAGUCAGGGUUCAAUGUAACCAGAAUAAUGCUUCUAAUUUGGAAAAGAUCAAAAUGCAACUAGAUUUAGAGCUGUUAUCAAAUGACGAUGACGAAGGAAAGAAACACUCUCUAGAAUUUGACUCGGAUCAGUUGAAAAGUUUCUACAACCAAUUAGAGGAAAUUCAAAAUCAAAUCGAUUCCAAGAUACUUCAGUUACCUUCGAGUUAAACGAAAUAAACUAAAGAUUUGAAUUUCAAUCUUAAUACCAAACAGAUUUUCUCAACUAAAUCAUGGUCAUGGUCAAGUUUACUUCCUGACGAUUUGACAAUAUGGCUAAUCUUAUACUAAAGAUUGUAAUGUAUUAUAAAACCUAAUUCAAGUACAAUGAAUUGUCUUGCAUAUGAUUGUGGGAAUGCGUCAAAGGCUGGUACAUACUGAAUCGCGAAGUCAUGCCAUGGCAAGUUUCGACGCACAAUGCACUUCCAAUAAAACGUCCAUUUCUUGAGCUAAUCUAUUUCAUCUUGAUUUAUUCACUUUGUUACCGGAUUGAUAUUUGAAACAAAAAUUAAAAACCCCAAUCAAAUAGGGUUGCUACUUUA